GGAUAAAUUUCUUGUCAAAAAAGGGAAUAAUUUUUUAAAUUCCAAAAACCUUCUUGAGUUGAAAAUUUUAUUUUAUUGAUAUAAUGGGAGAUGCUGAAAAUGGAAGAAAGAUAUUUGCCAAAAUAUGUGCGACUUGUCAUACUGUUGAAAAAGGUGGAAGAAAUAAAGUUGGACCUAACCUUUUUGGAAUUGUAGGCAAAACGACUGGCAGUCAUCCUACUUUUAGUUACUCGGAAGGAAUGAAAAACAAAGGAGCCACUUGGAAUGAAAGCAACUUAGACGAAUAUUUGGAAAAACCAAAAAAAUUUAUUCCCGGUGGAAAAAUGGUUUUCCCUGGUUUGAAAAAAUCAGUCGAGAGAAAAGAUGUCAUCGCCUACCUAGAAACUCUAAAAUAGUUCCGAAAGAAUCUUUUUUGAAAAGAUUAAAAAUAAUCAAAAAAUGUUUGUACACUUUUGUAACGCGUUUUCUGCAUUUCAAAUAUUGUUCCUUUCAAUUUUUUUUUUUUUUUGAAAUUUAUAACUAAUUUUUUUUAACUUACUUGGAUAUCUUGGUGAGUUCCCAAGACACAAAGCACAAAACUGGACCCUGCAGCUGUCGUAUCAUGUCCCUAAAAGUGAAUUUUAUCAUAAUAAUAAUCUAAUUUUUUUUAAUAAAUAAAUAUAAAAAUAGUGUUCAAAAAAUAAAUA